GGAUUUCGGGAUGCAGAUGUCACAUCGACUCCCGCAGUAGCACUUGAUCAGGAUUUCAAACUGCAUCAUUUAUCUCUUUUAGAAAAGCGUCUCUCGGAGGAGAUUGCCCUCAACAGACCCGCCACAAAAACAUUUUAGUGUUGCUCUUGUGCUUCUGUGCAUCCCACUGCGAAGGGGUCCCAGUGGUCCCUUGGGAAUACAAGGAGUUGUGAGAAGUUACACAACUGGCCACCAGACUAAUCCACUCCCUCUACCUUCCCGCGAGUACCUCCCCCUUCUGCUCUUUUUUUCAAUAGCAGCCCUUUCUCAAAAUCUCAGGUUACUUUGCUAAAGAGUUCUCAGCCUUAUAGUUUCUGCCCUUGUCUCUGCCUCCAGCUCCUUAAGAGCCACCCAACCCCAGCGAUUGGAUUGGGCAGCCCGUCUUGACACACCACUGUGCUGAGUGCUUGAGGACGUGUUUCAACAGAUGGUUGGGGUUAGUGUGUGUCAUCACACUCGAGUGGGGAUUAGGGGAGAGAGGCAGCCUUGCUGGAGCUGUGUGGUCUUCCCCAAGUGUGAGCUGCAAGCAAAAGAAGAAAUACCUAGCUCUGGGGGAGAAACUGGAAGAAUCGUUUCCAGCAGCUGAGAGGGAAAAAUAAAACCGCACACUUUGUUCAGUUCUUCACAGUAACUGUCACAUACCUCUGGUGCUUAUGAAUUAUUGGCCUCCUACUUGUGAAAGAAAUCUAACACUGUCCUCACCACUUACAGGUUUGCCUCUUGGCUCACCUCCUGGAGUGCUGAAUGAACUCAUCAGGGCAGUGGGAAGCUCUGUUGGCUGCCUGCCUACUCAGCUGGUUCUUCUCAGCAAGUGGACAGAGGAUCCACAUGGAACAAUGAAAGUGAUUGGAGCUGCUGGCUUGGGGUUUUGCCCAUAAUAAAUUCACUGAGCAGGACAUGGACUUCUAUCCAAUGCUAUGAAAAUUAACCAAGGAACAUUAACUUCAGGAAAUUUUCAAAGGGCUCCUCCUACAGAUGUUCUGAACACGUCUGCAUCCUGGCAAUUUUUUACUGCACCCAGAGGUCUUGAAAACUAGAGUUCAGGAGCUUCUGGAUCAGCGUUUUCAUUGAAAUACUGGAACUACUAUGAAGCCUUCUUGGUUUGCACUCAUGUUGGCAGUGCUCAGUACUGAAAUGCUGACAAGUCACUGUUCCACCAUCAAGUCCCCGAGGUUCAGAGGACGUGUGCAGCAGGAGCGAAAGAAUAUCAGACCAAAUAUCAUCCUUGUACUCACAGAUGAUCAAGAUGUGGAGCUAGGGUCCUUGCAAGUGAUGAAUAAAACCAGGAGGAUUAUGGAGAAUGGAGGGGCCUCUUUCAUCAAUGCCUUUGUAACUACCCCCAUGUGCUGCCCGUCUCGUUCCUCGAUGCUGACUGGGAAGUAUGUGCACAACCACAACAUUUACACCAACAACGAAAACUGCUCUUCUCCCUCGUGGCAGGCUACUCACGAGCCUCGCACCUUCGCUGUGUACCUCAACAACACUGGGUACAGAACAGCUUUUUUUGGGAAAUACCUCAAUGAAUACAAUGGCAGCUACAUCCCUCCUGGGUGGAGAGAGUGGGUUGGAUUAGUGAAGAACUCUCGCUUCUAUAAUUACACCAUUUCUCGCAAUGGUAACAAAGAGAAGCAUGGAUUUGAUUAUGCAAAGGACUACUUCACAGACCUAAUCACUAAUGAGAGCAUUAAUUACUUCAGAAUGUCUAAGAGGAUAUAUCCCCAUAGGCCCAUAAUGAUGGUCAUCAGCCACGCUGCGCCCCACGGCCCCGAGGAUUCUGCGCCGCAGUUCUCAGAGCUCUACCCCAAUGCUUCACAGCACAUCACUCCCAGCUAUAACUAUGCACCAAACAUGGAUAAGCACUGGAUUAUGCAGUACACGGGGCCCAUGCUGCCAAUCCACAUGGAGUUUACCAACGUCUUGCAGCGCAAAAGACUUCAGACCCUGAUGUCAGUUGAUGACUCUAUGGAAAGAUUACACCAAAUGCUUGCAGAGAUGGGAGAACUGGAGAACACCUACAUUAUUUACACUGCUGACCACGGAUACCAUAUUGGGCAGUUCGGACUGGUCAAGGGGAAGUCAAUGCCGUAUGACUUUGAUAUUCGAGUUCCUUUCUUUAUUCGCGGUCCAAGUGUGGAGCCGGGAUCAGUUGUGCCUCAGAUAGUUCUGAAUAUUGAUCUUGCUCCAACAAUUCUGGAUAUAGCAGGCCUUGACACACCUCCAGAUAUGGAUGGCAAAUCUGUCCUAAAACUUCUGGACUUGGAGAGACCAGGAAACAGGUUUCGAACAAACAAGAAGACCAAAAUUUGGCGUGACACAUUUCUAGUGGAAAGAGGCAAAUUUCUACGCAAGAAGGAGGAACCCAACAAAAACACUCAGCAGUCUAAUCAACUACCAAAGUACGAGAGAGUAAAAGAAUUAUGCCAACAAGCAAGAUACCAGACAGCCUGUGAACAACCAGGACAGAAGUGGCAGUGCACAGAGGAUGCUUCUGGCAAACUUCGAAUUCACAAGUGCAAGGUGUCAAGCGACAUCCUCGCCAUCAGAAAGAGAACGCGCAGCCUCCACUCCCGGGGCUACGGCGGCAAAGACAAAGACUGCAACUGUGGAGACACUGAUUACCGGAACAGCAGGACCCAAAGGAAAAAUCAAAGACAGUUCCUGAGAAACCCUAAUGUGCAAAAAUACAAACCUCGAUUUGUUCACACUCGCCAAACCCGGUCCUUGUCUGUGGAAUUUGAAGGUGAGAUAUAUGACAUAAAUCUGGAAGAAGAAGAGCUGCAGGUGUUGAAGACCAGAAGUAUCACCAAGCGCCACAAUGUUGGAAAUGAGGAGGAAGGAGAGGGAACUGCUCGUGCUGCUCGUGACACAAUGGUGGCUGAUGGCACUGAUGCUAUGGGUCAACCCAGCUCUGUCAGAGUGACACACAAAUGUUUCAUUCUUCCAAAUGACACUAUUCACUGUGAGAGGGAGCUGUACCAGUCUGCAAGAGCCUGGAAGGAUCACAAGGCUUACAUUGAUAAGGAGAUUGAAGCUCUCCAAGACAAAAUUAAGAAUUUAAGGGAAGUUAGAGGACACCUAAAAAGAAGAAAACCAGAUGAAUGUGAUUGUAGUAAACAGAGCUAUUACAACAAAGAGAAGGGGGUAAAGGCCCAAGACAAACUCAAGAGCCAUCUUCAUCCCUUCAAAGAAGCAGCACAGGAGGUAGAUGGCAAACUGCAGCUGUUCAAAGAGAACCGGAGAAGGAAGAAAGAGCGGAAGGGAAGAAGGCGCCAGAAGAAGGGAGAUGAGUGCAGCCUUCCCGGGCUGACCUGUUUUACCCAUGACAACAACCACUGGCAAACAGCACCAUUCUGGAACUUGGGCUCUUUCUGUGCUUGCACAAGCUCCAACAACAACACUUACUGGUGUUUGCGAACAGUUAAUGACACCCACAAUUUUCUGUUUUGUGAGUUUGCAACUGGCUUCUUGGAAUAUUUUGAUAUGAACACUGAUCCCUAUCAGCUGACCAAUACAGUUCAUACAGUGGAAAGGGGCAUUUUGAAUCAAUUACACGUCCAGCUUAUGGAACUGAGAAGUUGUCAAGGUUACAAGCAGUGCAAUCCAAGGCCAAAGGGACUUGAAACAGGAAAUAAAGAUGGAGGAAGCUAUGAUCCACACAGAGGACAAUUAUGGGAUGGAUGGGAAGGCUAAGCUGCCCAUUUUCACUGGCGACAUUGACUGGCAAGGACUGGAAGACUUGUACAGUGUGAAUGAAAGUGUAUAUGAAUACAGACACAACUUUAGACUUAGUCUGGCUGACUGGACUAAUUACUUGAAGGAUGUAGAUAGAAUGUUUGCACUGCUGAACAGUUACUACCAGCAAAAUAAACCAGACAAGGAUAACACUGGUCAAAGCAACGGGGAGGAAUCAUCCACGCCGUUCACCUUGGUGGAGAUGACUUCUGCUGAGGAGUCCAGCGGCCUGACUGCAGAAGAGUUGCAGCUUAUUGUGCCAACAGACUUUGCAGCCCUUGCUUUGAGCACGGUGAAUUUAAGUCAGGAGAAGAAACUUGAAUUAAACAAUGAUAUUCCUGAGAAAAGUAAUUUGAAUGACGCACACUGGAGAAAUAGUCAUCCAGCUGAAAAAUGGAUGGAGGAUAAAGAAUCGGACCGUUUUGAUAUGGAUUUCAGUGGAAAUGGUUUGAUAGAGUUGGAGUC